AUGGUACACAAAGCCAAGGACUUGCGAAACCAUCGAUUCCUUUCUCCACAAGUUUCGGAACAGGAGACAGCACUAGACCUUACUACGCAUCAUCCUACAUUAUCAAUGCCUAGCACUCCUUGUGAGUCACAAAUCAGUAAUUCUAGGCAUAAAGACAAAAAAGUUGAAUUUUCGAACUUCAACCAAUAUAGCAGUCCCCCGACAAUUACAAACGAUGAAAUUGGGCAAUAUAGCAAGAUAAUAAUCCGUCCAUUACUUCCAUCUGCGGAACGUCAGCCACCAAAAGGAAUUCUAAAGGUCAGAAAUGCACAAAUCUCACCAACUAAGCGUCAACGAGAAUCUUUCUUAAGUAUGCUACAAUCAUCCCUCAAGGUCCUCGCUGGAAACGAUAUAUGCUUUAAGAGAGACACAUAUAUCAAUCUAUCAGACACCAUCCGGGCUUGCGAAAAUGUGCCUGAUGUGAAAUUAUUGAGAAAUAACAUGGUUGAACUUUGUCAGUAUAUCGAGCGAGAUAUAACGACAGGUAAUGAUGGAAACCCAAAUUCAAGUCUCGUCGUCCAUGCCUUGAUUCUGAUCAGCAGUUUGCAAUUUAACCCACAAGUUGCCACCAGCUUUCCCAUCAAGUUUCAAGCAAAAAUUGUCGAAUAUUCCAUUAAGGCAUUAGAGGAGCCAGUAACAUCAAAGGAGGUAACUAAAAAUAUUUUAUUUGUCCUUGCAUAUCAAAGGUUUCUAUCCAAAAUAUUAAGUUUAGAAAGGGUUGGAAAGUUGAUCAAUGUAUUACACACUUCCAAUAGGCAAAAUGGGGGUAAAAGUAUUACCAUAGGUCGGAUAAGAGUCUACCGAAAUCUACUUCAAACUUCUAAGCCGAGUAUGGCAAUAUAUACCGCAUGGAUAAAGGACCUUCUAUUCGACAUGAAUAGCAACCUCCGAGAAAUCAAGAAUUCUGCAAUUUCAUUCGGGUUCGAAGCUGCAAUUGAAGUUGGGGCUGAACGUAACGUUUCAAGCACCCUUUUUACGUUGUUAAAAUCUGAAGUUAAUAAUGAAGGUUUAUAUGGAGAAAUCUACUCACGAAUACUGAUGGAAAAAGUCAAGACCGAAAACCUGGCAUGUGUACCUCAAAUUUGGAGCGUACUAAUUCUUCUAUUGCGAAAUAAGCCAGAAGCAUAUUUUCAAUCAAAAUUUAUGCAUUCAUUCCUAGGGGUUCUUACUCUUUGCUUCAAUGUAAAAAAUAUUCAGAUACAAAAGGAAGCCCGUUAUGCAUGGAAUCGUUUCAUAUUUGCCAUACAGCUGAGCGAACAGACGCCUAAAACAAUGCGAAAUAUGCUCAUAAGACCUUAUCUGCAAACAAUUCAAUCUCAGAAAGUCAGUCAUAUUUUCAAAAGUCUGCAUAACCUCUUAUAUUAUGCAUUCAGGCCCGGCUGCUCAUUUUUACAGCUAGAUCUGUAUUGGGAUGAUUUUGUUAAAGUUCUCACCUUAGAUGGCCUUCUUCUCAGUGAGCUUGGCUCUGUGACAGCCAAAGAAAAUGCAGAACUAUCUGCACUGCUACUACUCAAUUUAUUCCAAGUUGAUACCCCCAAAAAAUGGGAUCCCAAAAGGGCCGUUGAGAGAUGCGGAAAAAAUGAUAUCUCUGUAGAUGAGCUUCCAGCCAUAGACUCAAGAUGGCUUCGAAAAAGCUCUACCAGAGUUUUUCCGAUUUUGCGGUGUUUAUCGGAAAAGUUAUUCUGGGAUCUGGAUGAAGUAACCUCUUCAGUAGUCAAAGUCUGGAAAAAUUAUAUCACCUCAAUUGCAUCACCAGCUCUGUGUGAAGUCAAAGUCUCAUUGGAGGCUAUGGACUGCUUGGCAAAUUUACUGGGGCUCACAAACCAAUUCUGGAGCACUGGAGUAAUAGGUUUGAAAGCUAUCCCGCCCAAAAAUGGAAAAUGUAGAUCACAUCAGUACUUAAACUGUCUAUUUUCGAUUAUAUCUACCGCAAUAACGGGGCUUGGAACUAAAGUCUUCACUGAGAAGUAUCUCUACAUUUCGCCUGAAAAUGAAUUUUCCCCUAUCGCAACUCUCUCGCAACAACCUGAGGAUAUCCGACUACACUGUAGAACUCCACUUCAUCAUCUGAUCCUUUUAUUUACUAAGCCUUGCCCCGGCCUAGAAUGUGACACUGAAUUUUCGAAGAUAAUCUGUCGUGUGCUUACUCCAUUUUUUGAGGCUCAAAAAUCUGGAGCAGCCAAGCUUGCAUUUAUCACACAAAUAAACUCUAUAAUUCCUUGGGAAGUUCUUGGAAGAGAGGUAGCCCAGAUGACUUGGAAUAGCCUUGCUCAUUUUGCCGUUGAAGUAAAUAAUAUAAUUUCUUCUGAAAAAGACUACAAGUGCCAUCAGUCUCUUAGUGAAGGCUAUACUAGCAUUGGAAACAUCCUUGACAGUGGAAUUAAAGUCUCACCGGACCAACCUACACGAGAAUGGAACACAUUAUUCGAUUCUCUCAUGAAUUCAACAUUAACAGCCGCGGGUAAAUCUGGAAGAGCAAUAACCAUCGAGAUAUUAUCAAAGAUUAUGUGCCAAACACCUGGCGGGUUAAACUAUUUCAAGAUCCUCUAUUCUCAAGCAGAAUAUCCCGAAGAUCUUUCUGCACUAGAGUUGGCGCGGAAGAAAUUAUCUUACGUGAAAACUAUAGAAUCAAAAUCUACUUCGUUUGACCCUUUCCACCAUUUCUAUUUCUACCUACGGGAAUACAUUAAGUCAGCAUACGAAAAUAUAAGCCAACAUAAUUUUGUUGCCCUCUUAACCUGCUCUUUACUUGGUCGCUGCCCUCCUCAGCUUCUGCUUAGCACACUCAGCGAGAUUCAAGGUGCAGUAUCAUGUUGGAUCUUUGAUGCAAAGUUGAAGUUUAAUGGUGGUGUCCAAGUAAAAAUUAUCGCAUCGCUCUGGUCAGCAAUUGAUAAGGCUCUGUCCCAAAUCGUACGCAUUAUCGACGCUAGGAUUGUACUCCAAAAUCUAGAGACUCUGGUUUGCUCAGGAAUAGAGAGCAGCCAUAAAUCUAUCGUAAAUGCGGCUGCUCAAACUUGGAAUCAUAUUUUUUGUCCUAAUAUUGAUAAACUUGAGUAUUCUGAGCGCGUGAAAAAUGCACUCCUUCAUUUAGAAAACAGCCUCGAACCAAAGCUCUCUCCUCGUUUAGCUAAUAUGGUUAUAGAUUGUGAAGCUAGGAUCACAAAAACUUUUAAUGACGCGGAUAUUGAAGCUAACCACAAAUUACAGGAAAAAUCCAAACUGGAAUUAGUAUCAGAAAUUAAGUCUCAGUCUUCUCGGCUUGAAAAACAACAGAGCUUAACUUCUAUAUCUACUUUUCAAAGUAGUGAAUCAGGCAAAAAACGUAGAAAAAGUAAACUAUUGGCAAGACAAAAAAAGAGAAAACGAGACAUAAUGUCUGGGGAUAACUACGAUAUACUGAAAACCCAGUCAGCGGCGGUUGGGACAUCGAAGUCUUUUGAACACGAAAUCGACCUACAGCUUCUAUCAAAAAACCAGAGGAAGUCACGUUUGAGGCAACGUGAGAGAAACAGAGCUCAUUCCAUGAUCAGAUUUAAAAACAAACUUGAAUCUUCUAUAUCUUCUAGUGCCUCUCGCCAAGAAUUUACAUCAUCCAAAAAUCUCCGCAGCUCAAAAAUUAUUGAAAGUUUAAAUAGUCAUUCAGUCUCAUCUCAGGCUUUAUCACUAUCAGAAAUUGCAGCUACUGACCAUAACAAUUCUUCAUCAAUUUCCCCGCCAAUAAAUGAUAUACAGACCCUCUCAGAAAAUAUCUUCCCUCCCCAAAUUUCCAAAAAAUCCUCUGGCGUUUGCAAAGUCGGAAACGUUUCGAGUCAACUUCUAAAAGCCGAAGAAGUAGGUUCUAUAGAACCUGAGGAUAUAAAUCAAGAGCCGGGGCUUGAUUUCUCUGAAUCUAAAGUUGGUCAACAUCAUUUCCAGUUUUCUAGUAGCCAAGAGGCAACCAAUUCCCAAAGAACUCAACUCUCUGACGAAGAAGGAAAAAUAAUUGAGGACAACAUGGGCACCAUAACUGUUCAGGAAACUCCUAAUACGUCAAGGUUCUUCAAGCCUGAAAAUAAACAUGGAUUCCAAUUCGUUAUGUCUGACCAGUCAGUUCAAGAAUUAUCUUCUCCAACAGAAGAAGAUUUAAGUGAAUUUGAAACCGAUCAUUAUCCACAAAAUAGUAAAUUCUGGCCAACAAUUCAGCCUAGGAUUAUACAGGGAGCUCGAGAAAGGCUAACCCAUUCGUCUCCACUAUCGAUGGGGACUUGUAAUUACACUCAACUGCCCGAGAAGUUGGCUAAAAGAUUUAUCGUUAAAUUAAGUGAGGAAAGUGACUCAACUACGACGAAUCAAUCUCUAAUCCACCAACCAUAUAAAUUAAAUUCUAGCACAAAUAUUCAGACCGAACCCCCAGGAAAGAAAAGAAAAAAUCUCCAUGACGCUGAGCUAUCUGAUACCCGGGAAGGCUUGUUGAAUCAAGCCAUGAUUGGAAUUAUUCCAUCAAAAAGGCGCAAACUUUGUAACUCAAACCGAGAGGCAAUAAUAUCCAUUAGUCCUUCAGGGCAUCCAUCUACUAUUGUUGAUCAAAAAUCACGCCGGCGCUCUUCAAGAAACCUUAAGUCUACAGAUUCCAGUCACAAUCAAACUGAAAAUAGUGAUUUUACGUUUAGAAAUAAACAUCAGCAGGGUUUUGAGAUUUUUGAAAACUUUAACAAAACUUCAAAGGACGAAAUAAUAUCAUGUUCGGUAGACUUUGAGGUCAACAAAGCUGUGCACGAUUGCAGAAUAAGAUCAGCAUUGGGCGGAAAUAGCGAUGAGGUUCAAGUCCAGCUUUCACCAGAGGCGUUACACAAGAAUGGACAAAAUGAAAGUAUUCAGAGAAGUGGCAUGAUAUCAAGAACUACAAUUAAAUGUACUGAUGGAGAUGAUGACGAUGUAGUAGAAACUGAAGGCACUGAGGCAUCUCGAUCACCAAAUUCGAGAAAAAGCAGACGUCAAGGUAGAGAACGUCAAAAGGGUGGUACAAAUUUGCCCAUCAAUAAAAACAGUACUCGAACACCCGGGAUUUUGGGCAGGAAAACUCCUGAGACAAAUUUUUCGACCGCAAAAGUACGGUCCUUGAGAUCUUUUAGCUUGAAGACUAAUACUGCUGUUAAUUUGAAAAAUUCUAGCUCUAUAAUUUCCGAAUCUAUCCUUGGAUCUGUGAAUAGCUUGAUUUUGGACCUAAAAGACGCUCAUCUGAAAAAGGAAGAUAUUAAUAAGAUAGAGGAUAAGUUAAUGGAUAUGAAGCGUGCAUUGUAUGAAGCCGAAAAGCGUGGAAGAAGGGCCCACGGGGAAUAA